AUGGAGCGUGGCGAGCACCAUGAGCACGGUGGUGUUGCUGAGCAGCUGCCCGAGCAGGCUGACGUGACUGACGCGGCUGGCGAGGCUUCGGAGGCGGCAGAUGUGGGUGGUGAGGGUUCUGAAGGGUCGGCGGAGGCGGAGGCGGCAGAUGAGGCUGGUUCUGCCUCGACAGCAUGCUGCAGUUUGGCUGAUGCAGUUGCUGACGAAGCUGCCUUUGCAGACGCAGCUUUGGUGCAGCUAGCAAACAUGCGGCGCCUCCUGCAGAAGGAAAUAGUUCGCAGCGCGGUGACUGCAACGUUCACAAACGUUGCUGCGUUCUUGCUGGGCAUGUGGGUGCAAUGGCGGCGUCGAAGGUAG